CAGCACCGCUACACAGGCUGACCAGAGCUACAGGCUGAGAAGACAGACGAAAAGAUCAUAUUGCAGCAGGAUAAUCAUCAUCUUUACCAUCCGUAGCACCUCUACCAUGAAGAUGCUGGCUGUAUCUCUGCUGGUUUGUGCCAUGAUGGCGCUUACCAUGGCUGGUUCACCCAUAGAUUUGAGAGCUAAAAUGGCAGAACCAUUAACUCAACAAGAAGAGGCUCUCCAAAUUGAGAGGUCAGCAUCUUGUCCAGGUGGCUGGACUGAUUCCAACAGUCGCUGUUUCCUCUUUGUUUCAACAUCCCUGACUUGGGCUGAUGCUGAGAAACAUUGUCAGUCACAUGGUGGAAACCUUGCAUCAGUGCACAGCCUUGAGGAGCAUCAUAUGAUACAAGGUGUGAUACUGAAAGUAACUCAUUCAUAUUCACUGGCAUGGCUUGGAGGCUCUGAUGCACAACAGGAGGGCACUUGGUUCUGGAGUGACGGUACCCCUUUCAGCUAUACAUACUGGUCUCGAGGACAGCCUGAUAAUCGCGCAGAUGCACACUGUUUGCUGAUGAACUUUGGAGCUGAAAGGAAAUUCGACGACCAGCCUUGCAGUUACAGAGUGCCAUUUGUCUGUGCCAAAAGGGUAAAAUGCAGUAUCACAACCAGAGGCAUUGAGUAGAUGUGUGGUUGUGUAUUUGCAUACUUAACUGUCUUUGUAUCUUCAUCAUAUGUAGGCUCCUGCAUGUAGUAAUCAUUACUGUACUUCUUUUCUAUUGCUGUAACACUGCUCAAGGAACAAAGUGAAGUAACAUAAGCGCAAGCUUUAGCAUACACUUAUUCCAGAGGGUGAACUGCUGUUUCUUCUACUCACAGUUAAAAGGCUUAAGCUUUCAAACAA